GUGCGCCUGUGCGAUAACAAAUGGGCGGGGUUACAUGUUUGUCUCUUGUAUUGUUGUUUAGUUUCGAUCAAUCAAUACUUCAGCAAUCUUUUCUGGUACUAUUUCACGAGGAAUCACGAGUUCUUGUUAAAUUUUGAAGCGGGAAAAGAGCAAAUCUGUACCGGAACUGUGUUGAGUGAAAAUGGCUACCGAAGUUAGCGGCGAAAACUAUGACAGUUUACUAAAGGAAAUGGAAACCCUUAAGGGGAGAUUGGACGAAGAGAGACUAAAACUUAACGACGUGGCUUUAUCCACAGUUUCUCAGCGUCUUGAAGGGAUGGCUCAGCUAUCCAUAAAACCUAGACGAGUGCUGAAAGGACACCAAGCUAAAGUUCUUUGUGCAGACUGGUCUUCCGACAAAAGACACAUUGUGUCUUCCUCCCAGGAUGGCAAAAUCAUCGUCUGGGAUGCUUUCACCACAAAUAAGGAACAUGCUUGCACUAUGCCCACCACUUGGGUUAUGACAUGUGCAUUUGCACCAUCUGGAAACCUGGUAGCUUGUGGGGGUCUGGACAACAAAGUCACUGUCUAUCCAUUGAGCAUGGAAGACGAUCCAAUUAACAAGCGCAAAACUGUCGGAACCCACACUUCAUACAUGUCUUGUUGUUUAUUUCCAAAUUCAGAUCAACAAAUUCUUACCGGUAGCGGAGACUCGACGUGCGCUCUUUGGGACGUCGAGUCUGGACAGCUUUUGCAGAGCUUUCAUGGGCACAGUGCGGAUGUAAUGUCAAUUGAUUUGGCUCCAUCGGAAACUGGAAAUACAUUUGUUUCUGGGGGCUGUGAUCGAACUGCAUUAAUAUGGGACAUGAGGACUGGUCAGAAAGUGCAAGCAUUCGAAGGUCAUGAUGCGGAUAUUAAUAGUGUCAAAUUCUAUCCAAGUGGAGAAGCUAUAGCUACAGGAUCAGAUGAUGCCACUUGUCGCUUGUUUGAUUUAAGAGCAGAUAGAGAAGUUGCGGUAUACACCAAGGAAAGUAUUAUAUUUGGUGUCAAUGCCGUUGACUUUUCAGUUAGUGGUCGAAUUCUAUUUGCCGGCUACAAUGAUUACACAGUUAAUGUGUGGGACACACUUAAAUGUUCAAGGAUCACGAUGUUGUAUGGACAUGAGAAUAGGGUCUCUUGUUUGAAAGUUUCUCCUGAUGGCACAGCAAUCUGCACAGGCUCCUGGGAUUUCACUCUCAGGGUUUGGGCUUGAGUAAGCCUCAGACUUUCUUCAGACUGAUAUAAUUCUAGUCAGCCAAAAAUCUCAUUUUAGAAAACAGUUAGAUUCAUCACUCAAUCGCUUACCAUUCCCGACGUACGCGGUUACCGUUUUAAAUGCACAAACAGUGACACAAACCCAAAAAUACGAUAAUUUGAAAAGUAAUGAAUGUUAUUGUGUUUAAUACACGCUGUACUCAGAGUUAUAGGAAAA